AUGUCUGAAUUCCCUUAUUCUUCUGCUGCUACUCCCUCGUCUGACUUCGCAACUAUGACCUCCAGUUCUGUAACUUUCGCCAGCGUAGAUGAUGCCUUGGAUUCAUUUAAUAGGAUGCUCCACACGAACCCCAGACCUUCGGUUGUGAAAUUUGGUCAGUUGGUAAAUUCGCUCAUGAGAAUGAACGCCUUCCAGGCUGCCUUCUAUGCUUCUAAACAAAUGGAAUUAGCUGGAGUCCCACACAAUCUUUACACGCUUGGCAUGUUGCUUCGUUGCUUCUGUAAAUUGGGUCGUGUGGAUUUUGGCUACUCAGUGUUGAGCAAAGCUCUGAAGCUCGGUAUUCAAUUCAAUGAUGUGAUGCUCACUACAUUGAUCGACGGGCUCUGUAAAGAUGGUAGAGUAGUCGAGGCUGCAAGGUUGGUUCAUAAGCUUAGGAUUUUGGGAUAUCAACAAGAUGUUUUCUCUUAUAGCAUACUUGUAGAUGGACUGUGUAAGGCAGGGAAAACGAGUGUUGGGCUUGAAUUGCUGAAAAACAUGGAGGAGUUAGGUUGUCAACCUAAUGUGGUUAGUUAUAGCACAAUCAUUAGACGCCUAUGCAAGGAUGGAAUGGUAUCAAAAGCUUUAGAUGUGUUUUCAGAGAUGGAGGAUAAAAAGAUUCAACCAAAUGUUUUUGCUUACAAUGGCUUGAUUCAUGGGUUGUGCAUUUCAAGCACAAUCAAUGAAGCUAUGGAGUUGUUCAAUAAAAUGGUAGAGAGGAAGAUAAUGCCUGAUACAUUCACCUAUAGCAUAUUGGUUGAUGCUUUUUGUAAGGAAGGAAAUGUUUUGGGAGCUAAAGUUAUACUCAAAAUGAUGAUUCAAGAAGGAUUGAUUCCGAAUAUCAUCACUUACAAUUCAUUGAUGGAUGGGUAUUGUUUGCGCAAUGAAUUGGAUAAAGCUAGAAAGUUAUUUGAUUUCAUUAUUAGGGGAUGCAAACCUACCUUGUAUAGUUACAAUAUCAUGAUUCAUGGAUAUUGUAAAAAUGAAAGGAUGGAUGAAGCAGAACAGUUACUGAAUAGUAUGCUUGGGAACCAUUUGACUCCGAAUACGGUCACGUAUACUACUAUGAUAAAUGGAUUUUGUCAAGCCGGGAGGCUUAAAGAUGCACAAAAAAUUCUAAAGAAAAUGAGUGGGGAGGGUUGUUCCCCGAAUAUAGUGACGUACUGCACUUUGCUUGAUUGCUUGUGUGCACGAGGUCAACUUGACGCCGCAUUAGCUCUAUUUCAAGUAUUAGAAAGUAGUAGGUUGAAACCUGGUGUUGUGGCGUACAAUAUACUUUUGGAUGGAUUGUGGAGAGCAGGGAGGGGAGAUGAGGCAAGGGAAAUGUUUUCUAAGCUCAAUAGGGACAAUUGUUUGCAACUUAAUACCCGCACAUACAACACGGCAAUUAAUGGACUUUGCAGACAAGGUUUUGUGGACGAAGCAUAUGAAUUGUUCAGAAAAAUGGAGGGGGAUGGUUGUCUACCAGAUGGUGGCUCUUAUAACGUGAUCAUUCAUGGGUUUCUUCGCCAUAAGGAUCCACUUGAAGCAAUGGACCUCAUUCACGAGAUGGUUUCGAAAGGCUUCUCAGCCGAUGCCAGGACGAUGACAUUGCUCAUAGAAUUGGUGCCCAAGAAUCAGUUGGAUCAUCCGAUUUUCCAGAAGCUGUUGAGAGGUCCUGAUAUCAAGAGUCAUAAAAUUGGGUCCAGCGGUCUAUCUGCUGCUGCUGCUGCUGCUGCUGCUACUCAAGGAACUUGCUGA